AGCCUGGUUUUUAAUUAAUGAUUUUGUCACUGUUUGGUCUGACGCGUGAUGCAGGUCCUUGAUGCAGGUUCAAUUUGAUCUGGCAUACUGGGUGGGGCUAAACCGCGGGCUUUAAAAACCGUUCAACCAAGGGAAGAAAUCCAGUGCAGAGAAUGACACUUGGAAGUGUUUUGAGAUUGGUGCUAUUGACCUUAGUUGUAGGUCACGUGAUAAGUAGUAGAAACAGAUUACAAAAGGUACAAACUGUAGUGAAGAGUCUGGCUAGACAGAUUAUGUUGCAACAGAUGGGAGUGGAGGAAAAACUCAGGCAAGAUGGCGGGUCCGGUCUGAAACAAAUCCGGCUGGACCUGGACGGGCCCAAACUCUACUACGUCACCAGCCACAGUGGUCUCACUAUGAACCACAUCCACGACCACAGCAACACAAUUCGGACGUUGGGCGUAGGGGCAGGACAGUACGUUCUAAACGGUGUUGAGUUUCGGACCCGCCAUGAAAAUUUCAAGCUGCAGAUGCCCGGUAAAACAAAACUGAACGGGGAAGUUGAAGACAUACCUUUCCCUCCAGUACCCCAAAAUAUACUAGCGAUGCCGACCGUUGAACAACAGAUCAAUGAACUACGUCAAUAUUUCCUAGCCUUCUCCAAAAGCGACACAAGGAUACGGAACUACACCCCGUACUUCAGGCCUGUCCUAUGUUACCUAGAAGGUGCAUGGGUCAACAAGACGGAGAACUUAAAACCUCAUCUAAUGGAAGGUGACCACGGUGUUGAUAUCGAGACGUAUUUUGACCUACAGGAGAGGAAUCGGUUUAACGGCCACACCGGCAAGGUCAGUCUCAGGGAGAAUCACCCGCUGUUGCCGACGAUCAUUUCCAAGAUCUCGGACUUUGGUUCCCCGACAUACGGCCAGUGGGACUACAGGAUACUCUGUAAUCCCAUCGAUGACAGCCCACAUUACGAGGGGUACCUCAAACUGUCGAUUCUACAGCCUCUGGACGAUCUGAGUGUCCGACUUUCAAGAAAUCUGCCGUGGUUCCCGUACCAGAUGUCGCCGGCUGCGAGGUUUUCCCUUCAACACCGUUGGGACAAUAGCGUGAAGACUUUUUAUACGCGGGAUUAUAUUAUGCAGGAAAUACCAGGACGGGACAACCACAUGGCCGUCAUAAACGAAACAUCUUUCGGCGGUGUGUGGUUAAAUGGCGGAUAUAGAACAGCAGAGGUCCUCAAUGUGGGGAAAUACCACCACAGAUACAAGCCGGUUAUACGUCACUCAGCUGAUAUGCUGGGCUACAGUGACCCCAAUGCUUACUUUGCGGAAACUACACAAGAAGAUGUCGUACCAGUGUCUUUAGAAAACAAAGGUCAACUUACCGUGAAACGGAAUACUUGGGCCAUACCUCUGGAGAUUGUUUACCUGACCCCGCUGCUGUCGUGGAACCCUUACAACAUCACCCACAUUCCAGACAAAGAUUACGUCACCAGGGACGGCAGGCACGGCGGUAACACACCCACAACGGCGUACGACGGGUAUCAUGAUGAGUUAUUUCACCUCACGCCCUUUGAAUUUUUCGCUAGGGACGAUCCCGAUUACGCGUUUGCUAAAAGAGUGGGCGUUCUAGACUCGCGGAGAAUGUUGAGGAAUGUGACCGCGUCCGGCACCAGGGUCUUCUUGCCCAAUAUCCCGGAUGUUGGCGUCAUACGUACACGGUUCCCUAUCGUGCCAGUACACGGGGAGUACAGCCCCCCUUGGAAAGAGAUCAACGCUCUGAAAAAGAUUGUGAAGGAGAUGCACAAAUACGGUGAAUUCCUGUACCAAAAACUGGUCAAGCUUUAACUAUCUACGCUCUGAAGAGGAUUUAUUUAACCAAUAUGUAUCACACGUUUGUGAAAAUGACUUGUAUUCGCUGCAUUAUUUCAAACUCUAUGGCGUCAUUAUGUGUAAAUAAAAGUAGUUUUGUCUUUUUGUCUGACCACAACACAAGAGGACAACUGCCCACCCUAAGAUUUGACCCUCGAUUUCUUAAAAAACCAAAAUUUAAAUUUAAAAAUAGUUUUGUAACUCAAAAGUCUAUUUUUUAAAACACAAAUUCCUUUUGUGAAAAAUAACUUUAGAUAUGUUUAUGACAGGAACUUGAAAUUAAAAAAAAUCACCGUCCAGUUAAAAUAUUGUUGACUACACGGCAAGGUCUUAAAGUAAGGGCAGUUUUAUCUGGCUACCAAUGAAAUAUACUGCGAUUGGUUCCUGAAUAGUAGACACUUCUCACAAUUCACAAUUAACUAGGUUUUCAGCGACUGCUUCUCGGCUAAGUUCAGACAUCAGACUCGAAGCUUAAAAUCUGUAUAACACGUCAUUAAUUUUAUAAGUGUGUUGUUAGUCCAGAACAUUCGAAGUGACUAGGCAAAUGGUGAAUUAGGUGAACUCUCUUUCACCUCUUACAUGAACCGUCAGGUUCAAAUGGUUAUAUCAUCUGACUACAAUUAUUCCCAGGAAUUAAAAAAAAUGUUGAAAUUAUUUCCAUCAUGUUCAUGUAACGUCUCAUUAUAAUUAACAAUUGUUUGUUACCUAUAUUUUACUGCACCGGUGAAGACAAACAGUUAAAGCGCUUUUUAAUACAUUUUCUGUACAUAUUUUUGUAUGAGUACAUAUUUUUGUAUGUGUAAAUAUUUUAAUCAGGCAAAUAUUAGCCUACUAAGUACUUAAUCAAAUUCAGUGGCGUAAGCAAGGUUAAUUUACAAUUAAUAUAUCUAGAUCUAGAUCUAGAUCUAGAAUCUACAGAUCAUCUGUCGAAAUGUUUACG